AUGGCCGAGCCGGGCUCGGGAGGAGAGGCCGGAGGAGGAGCGGGCUCUGACGAGACUCUGCAAACCCAUAGUGUGUCUGGGUGGACUGUCUUUGCAGGCUGUGCUUGGUCCAAGCCAGAUUUGAUCACCUGGAUAGAACAAGGGAGGAUGCUAUUAACCCGAGACCAGGGAAGCUUAGAUGCUGCAAGAAAGACAACUGGCCCUUGUACUGAUGAGCCGUUGGACUUGAAGAAUCCUAGAAAGUCCCCAUGUUGUGAUAACCAAGGGACUUUCAGGGCAGAGGAGGAGGGAUGCCGUUUCAGUGGUCUUCAAGAGCAAGACUUGUGUGCUUCCUUAUCGGAAAAGGAAAAAAAGAAUUCAUCUGAUCAAAGAACCACCUUACACUCUCCAGGUCUCCAGGAAAUAGAGAGUCUAAAUCCAAAGCUGAACCUCACAGCAUCCAGUCAGGCCAAGCAAGCUCCGUGGCCUGAGCCUCCAAAUGUUCCAGGUCACCUGGAAGUUCUGCCUGGGUCAGGAUGUUAUUCUUGCUGUGUCUGCAGGGAAGUCUUUGAGGUGAAGCGCGACCUGGCAAAGCACCAGAGGAGCCACUCCCAGAGGCAGCCCUAUCAACAUCCACUGCACAGAGACAAAUCCAGAGGGAAUCGGGAACUCGGCCGGAGCCCAGUGUUGCUGUGUAGGAAGAAGCGAUUCCAGUGCAGUCAGUGUGAGAAGAGCUACUACCUGAAGUGCAGUCUCAUCACGCACCAGGUUGUCCACACAGGGCAGCGGCACUUCCCGUGCCCAGAAUGUGGCAAGACCUUCCGGUACAAAGCCGACUUGAAGAAACACCUGUGUCUGCACCAAGGGGAGAGGGCGUUCCGCUGUGCCGAGUGCGGCAAGGGUUUCAUCCAGCAGUGCAAGCUCCAUGAGCGCCUCCGGCUGCAGAGCAGCGAGAAGCCCUUCCGGCGUCCGCAGUGUGGCAGGAGCUUCCGCUUGAGAAGUCUGAAGGUCCACCUCUGGCAGCACAGUGGGAAGAAGCCCUUCCACAGCACCGAGUGUGGCCGGAGCUUUUCUCGAAAGGCAGCCUUGAAGACUCACCAGAGGACACACAGUGGAGAGAAGCCGUUUUCGUGUGACCAGUGUGGGAGGAAGUUCAUUUACAGGAUGAAGCUCACUGAGCAUGUCAGAGUGCACAUGGGCGAGAAACCCUUCCCGUGUCCUGAGUGUAAUAAAAGUUUCCGCCAGAAGAGGAGCCUCAAAGCCCAUCGAUUCCAGCAUGACGGGAAACUCUUCCAGUGUGCGGAGUGUGGCAGGAGCUUCUUCUGGAGGAACGCCAUGAAGGCCCAUCAGCGUCUGCACAGCGAGGAGAAGCCAUUCUCCUGCGGGGAGCGUGGCAAGAGGUUUACCCGGCCCUCCAAGCUCGCGCGCCACACCAGGCUCCACAGCCGGCCAAAGGAAUUUCCCUGUGGAGCGUGCAAAGAGAGCUUUGCUCGGCAGUCAAGGCUCACCCAGCACUUCAAGAGCCACAGCUCGGGAAAGCUGUUCUCCUGCGGUGAGUGCAGCCAGAGUUUCUGCUGUUGCUCGCAUCUCACUGAGCACAUGAGGCUUCACGGUGGGCAGGAGCCUUGGCAGUGUCCUGAGUGUGACAAGAGCUUCUUCUGGAAGGCCUCCGUCAAGUCCCACCAGCGGAUGCACAGGGACGAGAAGCCCUUCGCAUGUAGUGAUUGCAGCAAGACCUACACCCAGCCGUCCCAGCUUGCUGAGCAUCUGCGAGUCCACAGUGGAGAGAAGCCCCACCAGUGUCCUGAAUGUGAUAAAAGCUUCCGCCUCAAAGGAAAUCUGAAAAGCCACCUGCUCCAGCACGGUGGCAAAAAGCCAUUCUCUUGUGUGAAGUGUGACAAAAGUUUCACGCAGCAGUACAGGCUCACAGAACACAUUCGAGUCCACAGCGGCGAGAAGCCCUUCUGCUGUCCGCAGUGUGGCAAAGGCUUCCUGCAGAAGAGGAGUCUGGAGACCCAUCUGCGCCGUCAUAGCAGGGAGAGGCCUUUCUCUUGUGAGGAGUGUGGUAGAAGCUUUACAUAUGGGGCGCUCAACACCCACGUUGCAAUCCAAGCUAGGGAAAAGGCCCCCAGUCUGUGAGUCCAGCUACAUAGCAGUCACUCAGUGACAGCUGUUAGGUGAAGCCAGCAGCCGUUGGGGCUCUGAAGUCACAGCCCACUGGCUGGGAGAAUGCUGGCCAGAUCGGUCAUCAGGAACUGGUGGCUCCUUGACAAAAGUUGCAGAUAAUCCAAGGUCAGAGAAAUACUGCCAGUCAUGGAAGAAACAUUUGACCCCAGUUGGGCAGUAUAAAAAGUUUUUCAUGACCGUUUGAGAGUGUGAUAGUCCCAUCGUUAAAUUUGGGAGCUGCAGCCUGAAUGAAGAAGGGUUGCAGGCCUCAACUCCCUCCUCAGCCAGCUUUUCUGUUAUCAAGCCACCAUGUUGGAAUUUGUAUUGGAA